CUAUCUUUUUUUCUUUACUUGUACCGGUGUAGUUCGUAGGACUUAACAUUUCUCGCUUGUUUUGCAGACAUGAACUUCAGAUCUUUCACCAUCCCGAAGAAGACCGGUGCAUCUUCUUCUGCCGGCCCACACACUUCUUCUGUGAGGACUGUUCCAGUCCGACAUGAGACGGUGGAGAUCCACUCUGAGGAGGAAACUCCCCAGACCGGGGAGGCUACCCAGACUGGGAAGACUGAGGCGAAUCCUCCCCCUAACAAGGGGGAAGGGAAGACGAGGACGAAGAAAGCUGCCACUUCUCAUCCAGCGGCGAAGAAGAGGAAGGGAGAAAACGCCCCGGCCAUAGAGUCGUUAGAGGAGCUCUGGGUCAAGAUGGGGCAAAAGCUGAAGGAGGUAAUACUUGUCCGAUGCGCGAGGUUGGCCCAUAACCGGGAGCUUCAAGACCUGACAGCCCGACAACUAGAUGAGAUAGCCAACCUCUCAGCGAUUGCCGGGAGGGCGAACGCAGAGAUCCUCCAGCUGAAGGAGCAGAACACUCAGCUGAUGGGGGAGGUUUCCCACCUGAAGGAGGAGGUGAAGCUGAAGGAAGAAGAGCUGCGCGGUCGAGCCAAGCAAUGGGUGGAGGAGAACUUGGUUGAAGCUGCUCGGGUGCUUACUUCUUCUGAAGAAAGGACCAUGGAGGGCUUCAAGCUGCUAUACCGGGAGGAGCACGGAAAAGAAAUGAUCACUCAGAUCGACUCCUAUGGUUUCAUGUCUGGUCAGAAAAGAGACCGGGAAGCCACGCAUGAGAUAUUGGCUAACCGGGAUCCGAACUUCAAUGCGGAAUCAUACGGCCUGGCCCCCAUACCAGAUUAAGAGCCUUCUCCCCCAUUCUCUCUUGACUGAUCUCCCCGGCUGCGACUGGUUAUCUCUUGUAAUGUUUGGAACAUCUUUAUUUGCCCGGGUAUGCCCGGUGUACUUUGUAAACAUUUGACAUUUAAUUUUCCCCUUUCAAAUGCCAUGUUUAAUUUUCGUACUGGUUAUCUCUGCUC